AGACUAACUUCCUUUCAUGGGCAACAAUGUGUCAAGCCUGCUCAAAUCAAGUGAACAGGAGAAAUGCUUACUUACGAGCCCCUAACCAACAAUGCCGUUUCAAAAAAUAUACGGAUAAGAAUAAGAGAUAAAAGCAACAAGUAAUGAACUACUACAUCUAGCUACAUGUUGAACUUCCAUCAUCCCAGGCCAGGGACACAAUGUAUACAUUAAUGGUUGGAUCAGAAUCGCCAUUAUAAUCAUUUACUCUACACUGUAUGUAUUAUGUAUUCCGUAUAACCACUGAGAAUGAUAUGAUGUGGUGACUGUGUUUGCCUUUAUAUGUGAACCUCAGCCUACUGGCAAGCAGAGUUACUCCUAGGAAGAUGAGCUCAUGUCACAGGUUAGUCAACAUUCUCUUCCACAGACGUGCACAUUUGACACAAACACCAAACCAACUACUCAUCACCCAGACAUUUACAUUUUACAGUUCCACCCUUUCAUACAGUGUAAACAGACAACACAUAGGGGCUGUUUCCUGGACACAGAUUAAGCAUAAUACCGGACUAAAAAGCGUCUUUUUUUAAAAUGGCGAUUCUCCAUUUAGCUUGCUUUUUAUUCCAGGACUAGGCUUAAUCUGUGUCCAGGAAACCACCCCAUAAUGUACGAGUCUUAGUGCUCGAUCCGUAUUUUGUGUGACCUGGACACAUGCUACCUGUUGUGACAUGUAAGUAGAGAAAUAAUCACUGUUGUUGAGUGAGCCUCAGCAUGUUAAGUGGCAGCCCUCUGAGGAGCUCAUGGUCCUGCUGGUGCUCCUCUACGAGUACCAGAAUCCCAGGCUCACGGCGGAGGUCCUGCUCUCCAUCCGCAGCAUCAAGCUGCCCCCCUUGUGCAUUGACUCCCCUCAAGUGCUUCGUCCUGAGCACUGUGCUGGCCUGUAUACUCUUGAGGUACCACCUGGAGGAGCUGGACCUUUCUUCCUGUCAUCUGACCAAUGACCUGCUGACCAUUCUGUGACCCGCCUUCUGCCACACCCUCAACCUCAAGUCCUGACUUGAUCCAUCCAGUAUCAUUCACGGAUUCAUUCAUGGUAGGUUUGACAUUGUAGCCUAAAUGUGUUUGACUUGCUGCGUAAAAAGUGUACUCCCUGUGGGCAUUGAAAACAUGAUAUUGUGAUGCUAUUGCUGAGUAUCGAAAGGAAGGCGCAUUGAGAGUAACGGGAGACUUUGCUAGCCAUAAUAUAACCUUUGAUAUCUAUCAGGUUUCAGGUAUGACCCAGAUGCAGAUGUCGAUUUUCUAGUACAGGGGCAGGCAAACGACAGGUCAAAGUCAGGCAGAGGUCAGUAAUCCAGACAGGGUGCAAAAGGUCCAGAACAGCAGGCAGUCUCAGGGUCAGGGCAGGCAGGGGUCAAUAAUCCAGUGAGAUGGGGCAAGGUAUAGAACUGCAGGCUGGCUCAGGGCAGGCAGAAAGGUCAAAACCAGGAAGGACUAGAAAACAGGCGCAAGAACAGAUAGGCGCAGGGGAACAGCUGCUGGUAGGUUUCACGAAACAAAACGAACUGGCAACAGACAAACAGAGAACACAGGUAUAAAUACACUGGGGAUAAUGGGGAAGAUGGGAAACACCUGGAGGGGGGUGGAUACACGCACAAAGACAGGUGAAACAGAUCAGGGUAUGAGCUUUCUAUUUUAGUGUUAUCAGGUUAUUGAGCCUGGCCUGCUCUUUGGUUGUGGUUGUAAAAAAAAAAAAAGCAUGGUGUUACUUCAUCAAGACCUGCAACAUGGAGUUUAAUCUGUGUUCAAGCUUUUAAUCUGGAGUUCAUAAGUUUAAAAGGAGUGUAAUCUGUGUUUUUUAUUAUAUUUUAUUGUUCUAUUGACAGUACCUGGAGGUUCGUGGUUUGCAGGCUAACACGUGUGUGGGCAUGUGUUUGUGAUAGCUGUGUAUGCUUUUUUUUUCUCUCUGUUGUCUCCAGUUUAAUAGCCCGGGUCCUGAGUCCUGCAUUCUCCUGAAAUAUAUACUACUUAACCCCAACAGUACUAUUAGUUCUCUACAGUAAGACGCUGACUCUUUACCAGGUUUAUGGCCUUAUUGCCUUUUCUAUGGCUCAAAAGGUAGACAAUGGUAAUAAUAAUAUUGACUCAUCAAUGGAAUUUACAACUUCAGUAUAAUUAAAGCUUUAAAUAAAUUUUGCCUUAUUUAUUCAUUUGCUUUGGUCAGAAAGUGGCAAUUUCUCUAAUGUAAGAACUUGCACGCAUUACACUUCAAAUAAGAUGUUUAAUGUAUGAAGAUAGACAACUUGUCCAAACGAGUGUUGGUCUAAUGUCUAACUAACAGAUAUGCUGUUUCAACCAAUCUUCACUUGUCCAGUCUGAAUGCUGAUACAGUGCCCUGUGACUGUCCCUCUGUAGCCUGUGUUAUAACCCCCUGUUGAAGUCCAGGGCUCGCUGUCUUCUGGACACCCUGCCAGGGAACCAGUCUCUCAGGACAGCUGUCCCUGAUGCACAUGGGCAUGGGCGAUACAGGGGCCCGCGAGCUUGUCGAGAGGCUCAACAAGCACACUGGCCUGCAGGAGCUCAACGUGGCCUACAACAACAUCGGGGACAACGCUGCUCUGACCCUGGUGUACGCCUGCAGUGAGCACCUGAGCAUCCACACUGUGCACUUGUACCUGAAUCCUCUCAGCAACGUUGGGAAGCAGUCCCUGUACGUGCGAGAAGUCCCACUGGAGCAGGGAGGCACGAGGCGGCACGUGAAGGUGCUGGCCUCGGUCACCGAAUGGUCAGACAUCUCGGAGGACUGGCACCCCAUCCUGAGAGUCAUCAGUAAGAACGCCUCGUCCUGGGAGCGGGAACUCGUCUGGGAACAGCUGCAGAUCUUCCACCGGGACCUGGAGUGGGGGCAGGCAGCAGGCGCCAAGCUUCUGGGAAACGAUGCACUUCCACAGGGUGGAGAACGGCGUCAGGCAGACCCUGCAGAUGCUACUGAAGAAGAUCCCGACAGGGACUGACGAGAGUGCCAAAUAAUGGAAAAGCAAUGUUUGGGGUUUUUAACAUGUGCCAUGAUCCUUCAUUUUGUUUGACUGUAUCUGUUGGUGACAAUUCUGAGAACCUUUGAGAACGUUGUGUUUGUGAACUAUUUUGUAUGCACGUUUUGUACGCCUGCCUAUAACUUGCAAAAAUAUAGUGGUGAAAUAAGUAUUUGGGGAUUUAAGUUGUUUUGGGAUAUUUGUGGGUUGUGUUGAUUUAAUUACCAUGAUGGCUGCAUUUAAUUUUGAAAAUAAUAAAUAUUAGUCCAAUCAAUGAGCUUCUGUCCAUCCAAACUAUAAUUGCUGUUACUUUUUAAAGUUCAUAUACUUUUUUCUCUUUAA